AUGGUCCGCUUCAUCGCUGCGGCCCUCCUGGCCGCUCUGUCCGCGUAUGUCGUGGCGGACGACACCGUCACCUGCAGUCCGACGCAGAAGUGCCCGGCUGACAAGCCAUGCUGCUCCCAGUACGGAGAAUGUGGAGUGGGCGCCUACUGCCUGGGCGGCUGCGAUCCGCUCUCGUCUCACUCGAUCGACUCGUGCGCGCCCGCCCCCGUCUGCGAGAGCAAGACUUACACGUGGGAGAACCUCGACUCCGUCCAGCCCAACACCAAGUAUCUCGGUGAUGCCAGCAAGGCCGACUGGGUGUCCAGCGGCUCGCCGCUCAUCAGCAACGGCAACCUGCUGCUGACCAUGGCCCCCCACACCGUUGGCACGCUGUUGGCCAACAACCACUAUGUCUGGUACGGCAAGGUCUCGGCCAAGCUCAAGACCAGCCGCGGUGCCGGUGUCGUCACUGCCUUCAUCCUGCUGUCCGACGUCAAGGACGAGAUCGACUGGGAGUUUGUGGGUACUGAGUUGACGACCGGUCAGACCAACUACUACUGGCAGGGUGUUCUGGACUAUGACAACGAGGUCAACGCGUCGACCACCGACACCUUCGAGAACUGGCACACGUACGAGAUCGACUGGCAGCCCGACCAGAUCACCUGGUCGAUCGACGGGCAAUCCGUGCGCACGCUGCAGCGGGAGAAGACCUGGAACGCCACGGCGAACCGGUACCAGUACCCCCAGACGCCGGCGCGUGUGCAGCUGUCCCUGUGGCCGGCCGGUCUGCCGACCAACGCCCCCGGUACGAUCGCCUGGGCCGGUGGUGAGAUCGACUGGAACAGCGAGGACAUCAAGCAGCACGGCUACGACUAUGCCACCUUCGGCGAGAUCACGAUUCAGUGCUACGACCCUCCGGCGGGGGCCAACAUCCAGGGCAACUCGUCCUACGUCUACACGAAUGCGUUGGGCCUCAACAGCUCAGUGGAGAUCACCAACAAGAGCACGGUUCUGGCCUCGUUCGAGGCGACUGGCACGAACAUGACGGCCGGUGCGUCGUUGGCGACGGCCUCGGGGGCCACGCCGUCCGUGUCGGACAGCGUGCCGGGGUCGAGCAGCGGCGGUACCGGCGCCCAGGGCUCGUCCAGCGGCUCGUCCAGCGGCUCGUCUAGC